UUCCUGUCCGCUCGCACACGCGGAAAUAACGGACGCGAGUCGUCUUUUCGUUUUCGCGUCUCGACCGCGCGAAAAAAAAAUUACACGGAGUGUGCAGACGGCCGGGUCACGUAUAACACGGUUCAGGUAUAAGUUUUGAGGUAUACCGCGCCGCGUACAGUCGCGUCGUCGCCGCCGUCGCCGUUUGCGUAUUGAUGAUCGCGGCCUGCACGUCGACGGAUCGCCGCAAAGUUUAGAAGGAAUCGAAAAUAAAAGGUACCAAAUUUAAUUUGGCUGAGUUGAAAUAAUUUCUUACUAUCACGUGGACUCAUUAACUUUUCCAUAUUGUCCAAUAGCUAUGAAACAUUGAGGAGCAAGGAGAAGUGCAAAAAUAUCGAGAUGCCAUUCACGUUGUCGGCGUAUGAAACAGACGCAGGUGGAAGUCCGGCGAGCCUGUCGAACAACACGGUACUGCCGUGGAACAUUGACGACCAGUGUCAAAGGUUUUGGACAAAAUACAACAACUUCAUGUUGACCACGGAUGGCAACCUUCACAUUUUCACCGAGGUUGGUGAAUGGAUCAUACCGAUCAUGGAAUACUGCGUCGAAUAUUUCGCCUUUGACGGGCCACUGGAGGCCAGCGAUCUAAUGGCAUACGUGUGCCCGAAUGCCAAACCACCAGCGUUCAGUUUCGUCUUUUGGGUUAUUUUUACCACGUCUAUCGUGUGCCUGGCGCUCACGCUGAUCGUGUACACCACACUGCCUUACCUCCGGAACGCCCACGGCUACUACGUUAUGUUCUACAUGACCUGCCAGCUCAUGUACUUCGUCUGCGAAAUGAUCACGAAGAUGGUAAAACACGACUUAGACAGCCCGUUGUGCAUUCCAUUCGGUUAUUUUUCUUUAUUUACAACUCUGACAACAUGUUGCUGGUUAAACGUAAUAUGCUUCGAUAUUUACUGGACGUUAAGGUACAACAAUUCAACAAACAGAAAUACAUCAAAAUCAGUACGUACCAUUAUGUACCACAUUUACAGUUGGGGAUUUUCAAGUAUUAUCGUAUCUACUGGUUAUUUAUUUCAACAUUCACAAAACAAAACGCUACGGGAAUUAGCACCCGAUAUUGGAAAAUAUAAAUGCAAUUUUUACAUAUACAAUCACUACGGACAUUUUAUUUUCUACUUGCUACCCUCCUGUAGUACGCUGACCGCAAAUUUAAUUUUGUUCUUACUAACAGCAAUUCAUUGUUCAGGAGUUAAAUCUGAACUCAAUAAAUUCAAACGAACCGAUUCAAAAACAGAAAUGUUCCUUUUUUACAAAGAGAGGUAAGAAUACAAAAGGAUAAUAUCCAUUCACAUGUUGCACAUACCUAAUACCUAUAGUUUGUUAGCUAAUCUUGGUACCUACCUAUACAUAUUCAUU